CGAGGAUGGUGGCGCGGGGCCGGCGGCUGUGGCCGCUUCUGCUCGCGCUCUCGGGGCUGCUGGCGCUGGGCCCCAGCGCGCCGGCGGCCAAGCUCAACAUCCCCAAGGUGCUGCUGCCCUUCACGCGGGCCACGCGCGUGAACUUCACGCUGGAGGCCUCGGAGGGCUGCUACCGCUGGUCAUCGACCCGGCCGGAGGUGGCCAGCAUCGAGCCGCUGGGCCUGGACGAGCAGCAGUGCUCCCGGAAGGCAGUGGUGCAGGCCCGCCUGUCCCAGCCCGCCCGCCUCACAAGCAUAAUCUUCGCGGAGGACAUCACCACCGGCCAGGUCCUGCGCUGCGACGCCAUCGUGGACCUCAUCCACGGCAUUCAGAUCGUCUCCACCACCCGCGAGCUCUACCUGGAGGACUCCCCGCUGGAGCUUAAGAUCCAGGCCCUGGACUCGGAAGGAAACACGUUCAGCACCCUGGCCGGGCUGGUCUUUGACUGGAUGAUCGUGAAGGACACAGAGGCCGACGGGUACUCGGACACCCACAACGCGCUCCGCAUCCUGACUUUUUUGGAGUCCACGUACAUCCCUCCCUCCUACAUCUCAGAGAUGGAGAAGGCGGCCAAGCAGGGGGACACCGUCCUGGUGUCCGGGAUGAAGACGGGGAGCUCUAAGCUGAAGGCACGCAUCCAGGAGGCCGUGUACCAGAACGUCCGCCCCGCGGAGGUCAGGCUGCUGAUUUUGGAGAACAUCCUUCUGAACCCAGCUUAUGACGUCUACCUCAUGGUGGGGACAUCCAUCCGCUACAAGGUGCAGAAGAUAAGGCAAGGAAAGAUUACAGAGCUCUCGAUGCCCUCCGAUCAGUACCAGCUACAGCUUCAGAACAACGUCUGGGGCCCCGAGGGAGACCCGGGCCGGCCUGUGGCGGUCUUGGCCCAGGACACAUCGUUGGUCACCGCAGUGCAGCUGGGACAGAGCAACCUGGUCCUCGGCCACAGGAGUAUUCGCAUGCAGGGCGCUUCCCGGUUACCCAAUAGCACCAUCUACGUGGUGGAACCCGGGUACCUGGGGUUCACAGUCCACCCUGGUGGCAGGUGGGUGCUCGAGACCGGCCGCCUGUACGAAAUCACCGUCGAAGUGCUUGACAAGUCCGGCAACAAGGUCUACCUGUCAGAUAACAUCCACAUCGAAACCAUGCUCCCUGCGGAGUUCUUUGAGGUUCUGGCUUCUUCCCAGAAUGGGUCAUACCAUCAUGUCAGGGCGACAAAGAGGGGCCAGACAGCCAUCGACGCCGCCCUCACCUCCGUGGUGGACCAGGAUGGAGGGGUCCACACGUUGCGGGUGCCUGUGUGGAACCAGCAGGAGGUGGAAAUCCAUGUCCCCAUCACCCUCUAUCCAAGCAUCUUGACGUUUCCCUGGCAACCAAAGACGGGCGCCUACCAGUACACGAUAAAGGCCCACGGUGGGAGUGGGAACUUCAGCUGGUCUUCCUCGAGCUCUGUGGUUGCCACGGUCACCGUCAAGGGCGUGAUGACCACAGGCAGUGACACUGGACUCAGUGUGAUCCAGGCACAUGAUGUGCAGAACCCGCUACAUUUCGGUGAGAUGAAGGUGUACGUGAUCGAGCCCAGCGGCAUGGAGUUCGCCCCGUGCCCGGUGGAGGCCAGCAUGGGCCAGAGCCUGGAGCUGCCCCUGAGGAUCCACGGCCUCAUGCCCGGUGGGGCUGACGAGGUGGUCACGCUGAGCGACUGCUCCCACUUCGACUUGGCGGUGGAGAUGGAGAACCAGGGCGUGUUCCAGCCGCUCCCAGGGAGGCUGCGGCCGGGGCCUGAGCACUGCAGUGGUGUCACGGUGAGGGCAGAGGCCCAGGGCUAUACCGCGCUCCUCGUGAGCUACAAGCACGGCCACAUCCACCUGAGCGCCCGCAUCACCAUUGCCUCCUACCUGCCCCUCAAG